AUGGACGAGCAAACACCGACCGUUAGUUUAGUUUCGUGUAUGCAUUUUGUUCGCCGUGGUGUAGCUAAAGCAGUGCCAGAAAAGAUUGAACUGACAGAGAAAGAAUUAGAGAAGAUAAUUAAACAAACAGCUAAUGAUUUAAGAUUAACAGAGGCCGGUGAUGAUGUAAGCGAUGAAGAAGGUCAGGCUGCAGCAGCACCGUCAGCUCCAGUCAAUCCAAAUGAUGAGUUUAACUUUGAAAAUUAUGACGAAGAAGACAAUAUCGGGAACCCCAUCGGCAUUGGUACUGUGGCUACACUCCCCAAUUUAGGAGACCUCAGUGAAACUGUACAGAUCAGGACAGAUGGGCCAGACAGUGAUGAAGAGGAUGAUAUAAUCAAGCCUAAUGACAACCUUCUAUUGGUUGGUCAUGUUGAGAGUGAUGCUAGUGUUUUAGAAGUAUAUAUAUACAAUAAGGAUGAGGAUUCGUUCUACGUUCAUCACGACAUCAUCCUGCCAUGGUUUCCCCUGUGCAUAGAGUGGCUGAGCCAUGAUCCCACUGAUCCAAAUCCAGGAAAUCUAUGUGCGCUAGGUGGUAUGGACCCAGUGAUCCAGGUAUGGGAUUUAGAUAUUGAGAAUUGUUUGGAGCCAGCAUUCAAACUUGGGAAAAAGCCGAAUAAAAAGAAAAAGACUAAACGUGUUGGACAUAAGGAGGCUGUGCUGGAUCUGUCAUGGAAUAAGAAUUUCGGGCAUGUGAUGGCGAGUGGAUCAGCAGACAAUACGGUGUUGUUAUGGGACUUGGAUCAGGGCACACCACACACUAAGUUAGACUACUUCGAAGAUAAAGUGCAGUCCCUGUCGUUCCACCCGCUGGAGGCGCAGACGCUGCUGAGCGGCGCGUGCGACGGGCGCGCGCGCGUCACGGACUGUCGCGCGCCCGACGCGCACCGCGCCUGGGCGCUCGGCCCUGAGAUAGAGCGCGUCGUGUGGGACCGACAGAACCCCUUCUGUUUCGCGAUGGCUAACAACACUGGCAAAGUGGCGUAUGUAGAUUGUAGACAAGACGAACCUUUGUGGACAAUCGAUGCACACGAGAAAGAAGUUACAGGUUUAAUACUAAGUGAUCAAGUCCCAGGGUUGAUGGUCACCGUCAGCAUGGAUGAAAAGUUAAAAACAUGGGAUAUAUCGAGGGCGGCGGGCCCGGUGCAGGUGAGCGCGCGCGCGUGCCGCGUGGGGUCGGCGCUGUGCGCCGCGGCGUGUCCGGACGCGCCGCUCUGCGUGGCGGUGGGCGGCGACAACAAGCAGUGCUGCAUCGAAGUCCUCGACCUUAACCUCAACGAACAGGUGUCAAAUUGUUUCGGAUCUCGCCCCCUCGUAGUAGCUGCGCCAUCAAACGAAGAUUCUAUGGAGACAUAG